UACUCCGGGUGAAUGCACAGCUCGACAAAGGGUUCUCCUCUAUCUGCUGCCUUUGGUUGGUUCGCGAUGUCUUGAGAUACUUCUCCAAAAGCUGUCCAGUAGUUCAAGUGUAGAGUUUCAAGUCUCUAAGUUUGAAGCUCUCAUUCACGGUCAGUGAUACUUGUGCAGAUACGAUAUCUUCUAUUAUUAUUAUUAUUUCAGUUUUUUUUUCAAAUUAGCCUUCUGACCUUACACACUUUUCAAGUGGUCGGCUGUCCAGUUUUAGUGAUUAUCAAUCGCGGCGUUGCUUGGUUUAACAAACUACCUUCUGGAGUAUAUUUCAUGUUUAUGAAUUCGAUCACAAGUAAAAUUCACAGAGAGACCCUCUUUUUUGGUAAUCGCUUAGUAUAUUAUGGAAUGGUGCUACCGAAGAUAGAUCUAAUUCUAUAUUAAAAUGUACCGCUUUCAGUGGGCCAACUUAGGUAGCUUUCUUACAGUGUGGUUUUAAUGUGCCUACUCUAAUUGGACUUAUGGAUUCUUGUUGCAUUCAUUAUUCAUAUUUAAAUUAAGUGACUCGGCCAGUGGACAUCUAUCGUCAAGGAAGGCGGCUCAACUUAAACAGCGAAGACCAUUCUCUUCUGGCAUCGUUCAGCAGUUGACCCUUAGGAAUUAUUCAGGACAACGACGCCUGCAAGUAGUGUGUGAAAGUUCUCAACACCAGGCCACCUCCAAGGGUGGUAGCAGGAGAUGUCAUUGAGCCCUCGGCCUCCCCACUUACACCCCCAUUCCACCCCGUUCUCCGUCUCCGACAUUCUGCACCCGCCAUCUGCCUCCGCCCUGGAUCCCGACUUCAAGAAAACAGUGGAGUCAAGCAUUCCGCCUUUGGGAAACUACCGGUCGCCCCAGCACCAGACCAUGGGAUCCAUGGGCAUGGGGAGCAUGGGGGGCAUGGGAGGCAUGGGCGUCUCCGCGCAGUACGCCAACUACGUCCCAAACUUCUCACACCACGCCUCCUCUUUCCCGGGACAAUACUGCACCGGAAGUGACCUAUCAGCGUACGCUGACCCCACCGGCAGACAUAGUACUGCAGGAUGGUACGGACCUAGUGCAGCAGAAUCAAGGUUCAGUUUGUCCAGAUUCGGCAUGAGUCCGAGCUCCUGUAUGGCAUCCUCUAUGGGAGGCAUGGGUGGGAUGUCUUCCGGCAUCAACCCCGCCCUCGGGAUGGGCCACCUCGGGGAUCCAACCAAAGGCGCCAUGGCUGGCUUCUCCAUUGCUCAGAGGCGGAAGAGGCGAGUCCUGUUCUCCCAAGGCCAGGUGUAUGAACUGGAGAGAAGGUUCAAGACACAGAAAUACCUCUCCGCCCCUGAACGGGAGCAAAUGGCUAUGAGUAUAGGGCUGACGCCGACCCAAGUGAAGAUCUGGUUCCAGAAUCACAGGUACAAGCAUAAGCGACAACAGAAAGACAGAGAGAAAAUGGAAACGUCCAGCCAAAAGGAGUCUCCUGGACACAACGGAUCUAGUCACAAAAACUCCGGGUCGUCAUCAUCGUCUUCUUCCCCGAGGAAAGUCUCCGUUCCGGUUUUAAUCCGGGACGGCAAGUCCACGUCCGAUGUCGGCAACGGGGGGCUGGGUGGUGGCUCCUCCGGCUCGUCUUCAGCAUCCUCCGCGUCCUCAUCUUCGUCUCUCCUCGGGCACGGGCAGCAUCACUUGGGCGGAGGCGGCGUCGGUUCGCCCCACUCGGUGCUCCACUCCUCUUGCGCGGUAAACAAGAGCGCCCUCUCCCACCACCACCAUCACGACAACUUUCUCAGCACCCCGUCUCCGGAUCUGACCGCCACCCUCACGCCGCACGGACUGGGUCAGCCCGGCCUCUCCCACCACGGCCUGCAUCACAGCAUGGGCUACGCCACUGGGGCGGUCAACGGCAACGCACUGGCAUCGUCGUCCCCUUAUCUCAUCAAUGGUAGGACAUGGUAACGAUAACGUAUUUAAAAAAAACAAAAACAACAACAAAGGACAUCAACAACAAAAUAAGGACAAUAAACAUUAGCGCACAGGACAUUGUCCUUCUAUGUCGGAGUAGUGCUUCGACCUUCAACUCCUUAAUGUGACCCCACUUUCUCAGCGGCGGAGCUCCGUAUUGUCCUUCCGCUCCACAACGGGUCACCACGCUCCACUGAAGCCUGCACUGCACAUCAUUGUUGCAGGUCUGCCGACAUUAUAAUUUCAUGUUAUGUGAAUGAUUAGCUGUCCUCUCAACCAACGCCCACACCGGAGCAAUAUCCACAAAAUGAGUAAUAGCCACAAAGGAGCAAUAUCCUAAGCAAUAUUAAUGGAUCUCUGCUAAUCAAGUAAACAACACAUCUUCGACAAUAUUGAUGUUUUUUUUUUUAAUUUUCCUUUCUGUAACAUUCGGUGCUGAGCGAGCACCGCCCAAAGCGUCCAGCAAUGUCUUUUCAAACACUAUCGAGAUUAGAAGCUCUUGUUCGCUGACUCGUAAUUGGAUGUACCUGUGUUCCCCGUGUGGGGGAAAAGAAAAACAAGAGGAGGAGGGGGAGGCUGGAUGCUCACCUUGUGGCACCACCAUCGCAGCGCACUUCAUAGCAUGCACAGUUCGGUGAGCACAUGAAAAAUAGAUGCUCUUGUUCCGCUCCCGUGAGGAUUACCAAGUCAAGUCUUAACCAUGUGUGCUGUCUGCAAACCUCACGCCUGCGUACGUCAAGCACUCUACCCUCCAGGCAUACAUUUUUUUUUACCACCUUUGACCUAAAUGGAAAAAAAAAAACACACACAUACAUACUGACGUCAUUCGUAUACUUUUGUGAACUGCAUAGGAACUAUACCGAACUCUUUUGCGUUUAUUUUCAUUUGGAAAGGAAUUGCAACCUCGACUCAGAGGGAUCAAACCUCGACUCAAAGGGAUCUAACCUCGAUUCAAUGGGAUCAAUCCCUGACUUGAGGUCAUCAAAUCUUGACUCAAUGGAAAGUAAUUGAACUUAACAAAUGAAAACACUAUAUUGAACUCUUUGGAACUCUUGCUUUAAAACAAACAUUAAGAUUUUGAUGCUUUGGUCCGCUCUUUUCGUUUCCUCCGUGUGACGUCAGAGAAGGGACAAAUUCACUUUAAAAAAAAACAACUGUUAGAUACUUACAUGUUAAAAAAACAACAAAGCAACAAAAUGAUAAAAGUUUACAACAUCAAUGUACAAUAUGUCUACACAAAUCUGUUGUUAUGUGUAUUGUUAUUUUUUUUAUAACUCUGCAAAGUGAGGGCAGAGUGCAAGAAAGUAAACAUAAAGUGUGUGUGUGUCUGUGUGUGUGAUAGAGAGAGAG